CCACACUUGCACUUUUACUAUCCUUUCUGCAAGACUCUCAGCUGCUGGCUGUUCCAAGGAUAAUCAGCAACAGUAGGACAGGACUACUCUGAAAUGGUCCUAAUUACUCCAAAAUGGCUUCGCCAGCCUCAUAUUCCUCCUGCAUUGCCGCGGCGAGGCUCCGGUGUGAGCCGCGGCGCGGUGGGACUGCUGCUGCAGCGCGUGCCCGCAGCGCGUGCCCGGCCUGGCGCGGCCCCGCUGCACAGGCCAGCCCGGCAAGACCAGCACGGGCCCAGGUGCCAGCGUGGCAAGGCUCCGGCGUGGCCCCGGCAGCGGAGCGGCCCCGGCCCAGCGGGAUCCUGCUGCGGCGCGGGACAGUCCCAGAGCGAGCAGACACGUGGCCCCGGCCCCGCAGCAGCGCGCGCGCGGGCCCCAGGACCUGGAGAAGCCGCGCGGAGAACAGGUGCCCCUCCCCCUGCUUGGUGGCAGCAGCAGCUUGAAGGGCCCCGCACACUGUCGAUAGAGCCCGAGCAGCCAACGCCCCUGGACAGCAGCGAAAAGAAACCAAACCCCAAAGCUAAAGUGAAUUUGUAAUACCAGUUUUACAGCCUUGUAUAAUUGUUAAUCCUAUUUUCCCAUGAAGUAGUUUUACAAUUAUGCCUUUCUAGUUUUUGUGUGUGUGAAUAUUGUAGAUUCCCCUGUUUUCUGUUUUAGAAAGCCUUUAGAAAGCCUUCUGUUUAGAAAGCCUUUUCAGGUCACAAGGGUAGAUCCAAGGGAAGCAGUUUUUGAAUUGUCUUCUUGUAAGGCACGAUUCAGUGGUAGACUAUUGAAUCAGUAACGCUUUUGGGUUUAUGCUGUCCUCAGUUAGUUCUGAGGGUGAUUGAUAACCUAAUAUGGUGUCUGAGAAAGUAUUUGACGGUUUUUGUAGUUUUUUCCUCUUGUUUUUCUUUUGAUGACCUAAAACUGGGGGUCUUUUGUUAGGUCUCUGGCACUUCUGGUGCAAGUAUAGACGAAAAAAUCCCCAAUGGGUACAUAUGGAUGAAUGUAAACAAUUGCAUGCAGACUGUAGGUCCUUUCAGUUGAACCAGUUGGAAAGUGAAAGGAGUGAUUUGGCUCAGAUCCGUGAGUGUUGGUGACUUGCUGUUCAGGCCUUACAGGAUCCCGUGACAGAUCAGUGGCAGCUUGAGUUGAUUUAAAUUCCUCACUGCCCCUGCCUGGCCCCAGUGGGGGAACUGCAGCAGGCCACCUGGAGAAUCUGAGGCCGUAUGUGGAGCCCGGGGAACUCCAAGUGUUUUCCUGUCCCUAGAGUGGGAGCAAGGUCAGCGCCACAGCCUGAACUGGGGGCUGUGGUGGUCUGAAAAGCCAGUUGGAAAAGGCUAGACACUAUUAGGCCAGUCACGCUGAAAAGGCUCAAACAAAUUUGUUAAUUUGUUUCAAAUCUUGCCAUAUAAAACCACAUAACCCGUCUACCACAAUUACAAGGUCAGAUAAAAGUUCACAGUAUAACAUAAUCCUUACUGCAAUUGUAUUUAGUUUCAUGCUGCAAAACUGUGUAAUUACUGUUUCAUUUUAAAUUGUUAAUUAUCAUAUGUCAUAUUUCUCUUCUCACAUUUUAAAGAAAAAAAGGGUGAAUUGUGGAAUUGCAUUUUAUGGAAAUGGUUUGCUCUUGUUCACCCCUGGAAAAUGUAUGGUUUAUCCCAAGUCUGUAUCCUCCCUGCAGUAUCAAGUUAUCUGUAACCUCAUUGGCUGGAGAAUGUUACCGUGCCCCUUUGAACCUCGGUGUUAAGAAUGCAAAGGCAGAAGGCUCUGCCGCUUUGCCCCUCUUCCCCUGGAGGCCUCUGGACGCUCC